UGCUCUUGCUUGCUUGCAGUUGCACACCAUCCAACCAGCAGACGACUCGAGAAGCAGACCGCACAGCGCCCACAACCUCCUCUCCCUCCUCACGAUGACGAUGGACCACAAGCAGGCCGCGGCCAAGGCCAGGGAGAUCCUGGUUGCAGCAGACGCAGAUGGCAACGGCUGGCUCAGCAAGAACGAGCUGAAGAAGCUCGUGCACAAGGACGCGGGCCUGCAGAAGCUGCUCCAUUAUGGCGAGAACUUCCAUUGGAAGACGUUCUGGAACGAGCUCGAUGCCGAUCACGAUGGCCGAAUUGUUUUUGAUGAGCUGGAGCGCUACAUUGAGGGCCUGCACCAGCCAGACGGCGGCAAACCACAGCCAGCGGGACGCGGGCCCAAUGGCACAAAGAGCAGCAACAAAAAUAUGACAAAGCAGGACGCGGCUAAGGAGCCUCCAGCAGCCAAGAAGCCAAAGACGCAGGAAGGUACAGCAACAGUGGCGCCACAGAAUGGCAACGGCAACACAGCCAAAGUGUCCUACGCAAAAGUUGCUGCCCGGCAUCCAACACCGCCCACACAGCGCAAGGAGAAACCUGCACAGGCAGCCAAGUCCGCCACCAAGCCCAGGCGCACGCGUGCAUCUGGCUCGACGCAGAUGAUCAGGUUUGCGGUGACGAGGGAGCGCGCCCCCAUCACAGAGACCAAAGGGCCCGUCCGCGUGUCCGACUCCCACUUUGCCCUCACCGUCGUUGCUGUGACGGCGACGAUGCUGUUCUGCCGCCAUUUCUACAAGGUGUGAGAACACCCGACACACAACCGCACAACCGCCAACGACGUUACCUCUGUUGUUGCUGCUGUUGUGUCGCGGAGCGCUUGCCUGUGUAUGUGUGUACGUGCACAAACGCAUGAGCUUCAGUAAUGCAGUGCUGCCACACCUCACUUUCCCAACGCUCGCUGCGCACAACAGCACGAGUGGUUUCUGCUUCCUGUUUACGUUACGCUUAAUUUGUCCUUGACGUGCUGCCGUUGUCGUUCAUGGCACUUGUGCUCGUUCUCUGCCAACCCCGUCGAUUGCUGUCGUUGUACCUGGGUGACACUGGCAAUGUUGUUGUCUUUGUGCUGUGUUACACUGUCAAUGUAAACAUCACUGUGCCAUCCACACCCUUGCCCACAUAUGCGCCG